GGAACUCGCCAAGCCGUGACCAAGUAGGCUGUGGAAGGCCUACCAGCGGCACUCAUAAUACACAGCGAAGUCUCAGUCGAAAUUGUUUUCUUAUACGCUCCCAAAGACCCAUCACCGAUAACAUCUUCUGUCAAUGUGUGCCAUCAUCACAGACAGCAGGUGGAAGAUGUUGCUGUUCAUCUGCACCACCUAAAGUGCGAAUCUGCGGUGCGUCUGCACCACCUCCACCUCCGCCUCCGCCAUGUCUUACCGGAAGAAAGCCACCCGGAGGCUGCCAUUCCAACUGCCCUACUAAGAGGAAAAAGCAUGCUGGCUCCCCAAAUGCGUAUCCUGUUCCCCCAUGCAUUCGUAUGAAUCAGAACCCGAUGGGGCCCAGGUGUGACUUUGAUGGAGGGGAAGCACGAGGAUACGGUGCUGCUCCUAACGGUACCUCCAGCGAAUUCGAACCUCCGUGUCAGGUUCUCGAUGAAAUGGUCCAACAGCCCAUUGAUCGUUAUUGUCCACCCCCGGCAAGAGGUGGUCGGUCGGUGGGUCCUUUGGCUAACUUCGACUUGGAUCGUUUUGAUAGGGACGCGCAUAGAGGGGGGAGAAGGAGAAAUGUGUCAAUUCGAACAUGCAUCGACUACGACUAUGAACCGACCGACGGAGGCGAAAGAAGACAUACAUCUGCCGGGCGAUCGAGGCAGCAUCCUCCUUCAUCCUACGGUAACCCAGGCUCAUCUAGAGGAUCUCGAUACCCUCCUAUUCAGGAUCAAUGGAACCAAUACGGUGGGGAACCGGAGUAUAUAACGUGCCCCUAUCGUGGAUAAAAUAAAAGUUUCGGUGGCAUUCAUCGAUUAUGCUAUCGAAAAUACAUCUCUGGCGGUUUUAGAAGCACUGUUGAAGAAGAAGCAUAGCGUGCACAACACGCCGGAAUUUGUUAAUUUUGUUUUUUUUUAUAAAAAGCUACUUAAUACUAAACCAGCUCAGACAUGGAUGAUGGAGAGUACGAUAAUGACGACGUUGGCGGUGAUGAUUUCGAUGAUGUCGACGAGGAUGUUGAUGAAGAUAUCAAUCCGGAGGAGGAGGUAGACAACAUUGAAAUAAUUGCACCCGGCGGAGCGGCGGGCGGUGGUGUUCCCAAGUCCAAACGCAUCACUACCAAGUACAUGACGAAAUACGAGAGGGCGAGAGUUCUCGGCACUCGCGCCCUUCAAAUUGCCAUGUGUGCACCUAUCAUGGUGGAAUUGGACGGCGAAACGGACCCUUUGCAGAUCGCUAUGAAGGAACUAAAGCAGAAAAAGAUCCCCAUUAUUAUUCGCCGCUAUCUGCCUGACCACUCCUACGAAGACUGGAGCAUUGACGAACUGAUUAUGGUGGACAACUAGCUAGUAACUUACUUAAUUACAUUAAAGGAAAUAACAUACAUACAAUUAAGAUAACACAA